CGCAUCUCUAUAUUUUCUCUUUGGAAAAUGUCUCUCUUUGUCUCUAAUUGCCAAACCCCUCCCAACCCCAACCCUAAUUUAUUUCGAGGAAUCAGAGAUUAAUCUUUAGCUGCAGAUUCUUAAUGCAUGUCUGUGUGGUUCUCAUAUACACUGAGAUUCUGGGUUUCGAGCUUUGAGGUCGGCAAUGGAGGCUCUGAAAGAGGAUUUUUCGGAGCUAGAGAUUGGAAGCUCGGCGCAGUCGUUCCAGAAGUUCUUGAACUCACAGAGAGAGCUAUUCCACAGUCAGAUCGAUCAGCUCCAGAAAAUCGUAGUCACACAAUGCCAACUCACCGGUGUCAAUCCUCUCUCUCAAGAAAUGGCAGCUGGUGCUCUCUCUAUAAAUAUUGGAAAAAGACCUCGAGAUCUGCUAAAUCCUAAGGCUGUUAAGUAUAUGCAAUCCGUUUUCGCUAUUAAAGAUGCAAUUAGUAAGAAGGAAUCUCGUGAGAUCAGUGCUCUAUAUGGAGUUACCGUCACGCAGGUUCGUGAAUUUUUUACCAGCCAACGUUCAAGAGUAAGGAAAGUAGUCCGCUUGUCCAGGGAGAAAACCAUCAGAUCCAAUGAAUAUACAGAACCACAUGAUGGGAUCUCAGCAACCUCAGGUGCUUUGAUGCCCAUUGAUCCUGUUCCCUUAAACACUGUUGUCCCUACAAGUGUAGAAGAAGCACCAUCUUGCUCAACACAAGAUGAUGCCCUACCUGGCAUAGAUGACUUAGAUAAACAAUUUGUUGAGAAUAUUUUCACUUUGAUGCGGAAGGAAGAAACAUUUUCUGGGCAGGUGAAAUUGAUGGAGUGGAUCUUGCGGAUACAAAAUUCUACAGUAUUAUGUUGGUUUUUAAAUAAAGGUGGUGUGAUGAUUUUAGCAACAUGGUUGAGUCAAGCAGCCACAGAAGAACAAACAACUGUUCUUUUUGUUAUUUUAAAGGUUCUUUGUCAUUUGCCUUUGCAUAAAGCUGUUCCUGUACAUAUGUCAGCCGUACUGCAAAGCGUUAACAGACUGCGGUUUUACAGGACAUCAGACAUAUCAAACAGGGCAAGGGUUUUGUUAGCAAGAUUGAGUAAAUUAUUAGCCAGAAGCCAAGCUUUGAAGAAACCAAAUGGCAUGAAAUCAUCUAGUGAUGCACAACAAGAGUUAAUGCUGAAGCAGAGUAUUGAUGAUGUAGUUGGUUAUGAACCAUGGCAGUCGAAUAUUGAUUUUACUGGAAACAUCCUUGCUUCCCCUUAUGAUAGUUCAGAGAAUUUCAGUAUAAAUUUCUUGUUCAGGAAAUCUGAACCCAUGCAAACAUUGAAACUAUUGCCAGCAUCUUCAGAUGAUUCUAACAAGAAGCAAGUCCUGGGUAUAACCCAAAUUAAAGAACGCAGAAAAGUCCAGAUGGUAGAACAGCCAGGCCAGAAAACAGCUGGAAGAAGCACGCAGGCUGCAAGAGCUGCACCCAUCAGUCAGGGCCGUCCAAUGUCUGCUGAUGAUAUCCAAAAGGCAAAAAUGCGUGCACAAUGGAUGCAGAGCAAAUAUGGGAAAGCAGGUUCAUCUAAUUCAAAUAAAGAAGCAAAAAUUCAAUCCUCUAACAAAUCUUCAACCUCUCAGGCCAGCAUUCUUCCUCUGGCAUCUAAAGUUCCCGUUCGUCCUAAUAUUGAGGAACAAAAGAAACCUGUUUCACUUCUCUCAAAAGUUCCUAACAUACUUGAAGCUUCUCUUGAUCAAAAGAUGAUAGCGGAUUCAAAGGAGCCCUGGUGGGAAAAGUGCAGGAGGGUUCAAAAAUUAUGGCAGACACCACCAGAAAUAAAACUCAACCAUCAAUGGAGUGUUGGUGCUGGUGAGAAUAGCAAAGAAGUUGAAGUCCAGAAAAACAGGAACAAUCGUGAGAAGGAAACCAUUUAUCAGAGAAUCCAAGAGAUACCAUCAAAUCCCAAGGAACCUUGGGAUCUCGAGAUGGACUAUGACGACACAUUGACACCAGAAAUUCCAACACAACAGUUGCCCGAUGCUGAUAACACAGAAACACAGGCUACUAAUCAAGCUAUAAAUAACGUGGGAACACAGGGUGCUCCAAGUCAAAGAGUAAAUAAUUAUGCUUCUUUGCAAUCUAUCACCACUUCUCAAACUGGUAGUACAAGCAUAGCAGAGCCAGAUUUAGAGUUACUUGCUGUGCUGCUCAAAAACCCGGAAUUGGUGUUUGCAUUAACCUCCGGCCAAGCAUCCAACUUAUCAAGUGAAGAAACUGUGAAACUGCUUGACAUGAUCAAGGCUGGUGGUUCUGGUUUAACCAGUAAUAUGAAUGGGUUAGAUAGACAAGGGGAAGAUAAUAUUGGAGUUUCUCUUCCAUCCCCAACUCCUUCAAGCAAUCCUGGAACGACUGGGUGGAGACAAGAAGCAGUAAGGAAUCCAUUUUCACAACAAACGGUUUUGCCUAAUAGAGCAACCUACAUUUCUUCAGAAGUGGCAACUGCUAACUCAGUGCCACCGCCGCAUAUUUCAGCAGCUCACAUUAGUUCAUUACGACAGUCAGCAAGCAUACCUCCAUAUUCGCAUCAAACACCAGCAUCUGAUGUGGUUAUGAAGAAUUCACCCCUCACGGUCACACCUUUUCACAACUUACAUUCUGCUUCUUUGCCUUCAAUGCGGGUUGAGAGCACAAGUAGCGUUAAACCAUCGCUUAUAUCUAAUGCAGAAGAAAGACAGCGUUUUCCUAUCCCAUCGAACACCUUGUUGCCAACAACAGCAAGGCCACAAAUACAUCCGCAGCAACAACAACUUCUAUCGGGGCCUUCCGAUCCUUAUACACCUGUUUACUCCAAACAAAUUGGUAAACCAAACCCUGCGUCUGAAUCUUGGAGAACGACCCAGGGUUUGCCCUCAUUCUAUCGCCCUUUGAACCAAAAUAACUAUAAUGCCUCACUAGUAGGGCCUGAACAACCUCAGUUGAUGUCAGGACCCAAGUGGGAGGGAAAUGAGUAUGUGGAGGAAGAUGAUUUCGAGUCAUGGAGUCCGGAUAAUAGUCCAGUAAGGAAUCCUGAGUAUAUGAUGGGAAGGAGUUUCCCAGAUGCCAGGACGAAUCCUGGACGAGAGUAUAGGCCUGAAAGGAUGAGACAGAGAAAUUCAUCUGGAUAUAGGGAUCAAAAUAGAUAUGGAAACAGGAGGUGGCGCGAUCGGAGACGAUGAUUUUGUCAUUGAAUUGGGAUAAUUUAUCUUGGAUAAUCCGGCUGGUUUCUUCAUGAUACAAGAGGAUGUAUGUUAAUAAUGGUUUUUGCAAGGGUAAAAGUGUGGUGGAGACUGAAGCCUGAACCUGGACUGGAUUUGGUUUUUUCAGAUGAGGGGUUAUAACAUUCACUGGACUUUGUACUGCCGUUGUUGUGGCUUUUAGAGAUGAUCAUAGCACUUUUGAUUAUCAUUAAUUGGCUAAAAAUAUGUAAAACUAAAAUUUUGCAAACAAUUUACCUCAUAUUUUUAUUCCUUCCAAUAGAAAUACAAAACUUUGGGAGGUCCCAAUUGUGGCCCACAA